AUGGAUAUUUUCAAUAACUCUAUCGAUGGACGUAGAAAGAAUAUUAUUUCACAUAUUCAUUCGAGUAAUAAAACAAUUCUGUACGAUGUAAAAUUAUUGAAGGGGCAAAUAGAUGGUAUGAAAAGUUAUAUCACAAAUCUCGAAGAGAAAUUAAAAUCGAUGGAGGGUGAUAUACAACGCAACAAUAGGUCUUUAUUAAAUUCUGAUAACCGUGUUUCAGAACUAUUUAAUAACUAUGCCGAAAGUAGUACAGUAAUUAGUUUAACUCGAGAAGAUAUCGCUCGUUUAAAUAAUAUAUUAAGUGAUAUCAAUGGAGAAUUUUAUGAAAAUUCCCUGCCCAAUCACGGAUCGUAUAUUUCAGACUUACUUACACGUGUGAAAAAUAUCGAAGACAAUUAUGUUAGGAAGAAUUAA